AUGUUUACAUGCAGACGCUCCAUUCUUGUUAUUUUAUUAUUCAGUACUUCAAGUAUAUUUAUCUAUUUCAAAGAUGAGUUAUACAGUUACGUUUAUGCAGAAUUUUUCAUACCAUUACUCACAUCUCUCGAUGAAUCUUACGUUCAAGAUAUUACCAAAACUCGAAAACUAUUAAAUAUUCCACGUGUUAUUGUAUCAUUAUCAUCAUUCGGACCGCGUCUAUUACUUAUAGAUGAUACUAUACACACUGUAUUUCGUCAGUCAUACAAGCCUGACAUUGUCUAUUUAAAUAUUCCCAAAGAAAUUAAACGAUAUAAUACUACAUAUGAACAAAUACCACAUAAUAUUAAUUUACUAGUCAAACAGUACUAUCCAAAAAUUCAAAUACUUACAGGAAAGGAUUAUGGGCCAAGUACAAAGCUAUUAGAUUACAAAAUAAUGGAAAUGGAAGCUUCACAGUAUUUGCUCCAUAGUAUAUUACAUAUUGAAAAAGAUCCAGAUUCGCUUAUCAUUACCAUUGAUGAUGAUUGUUUAUAUCAUCCUUCAACGUUCGCUUAUCUUAUCGGAACUGUAUUCAAUUUACCAUGGAAUUUAAUUCCUGCAUUUCUAUGUGAAACAUAUAAUCCUCGAAGUAAAAUAUGGACUUGGCGAUCGACACGUGGAAAAUGUUAUGGUAUUUUAGCGGCAUUCGGUAGUGUAAUUUAUCGUCGUCGAGAUAUAGAUGAUACAAUCUUUAAUUAUACAGAUGUACCACGUUCGUGUUAUAUUCAUGACGAUAUUUAUAUAUCUGGACACUUGUAUCGAAAACAUAUUCGUUCUUAUACAAUUGGGAGAGGUACCGGUUUGCUUGAUUUUGGCAUACCAUGGUCAAUAAAAUAUAAUCCGAAACUAACAAACCUUAAACUAACACAUCUAACUAUUAGUAAAAUGAAAAAUACAAUUGAAUUAAAAAAUGAUUGUAUCAGAUAUUUCAAUUAUUUUAGAUAA